AUGGCAGAGAUGCUUCUGAAAGUGCAGAAGUACAUGAAUUCUGAAGACGCUUUAGCAGCCAUAAAGGAUGCAGAGAAGCCAGGAGACAAGGGAAAGAAGGAAGACGAGCAUAGGGGUCAAAAAAGGGAGCGCCCAGAUCGUCGGAACUAUGACGGGAAUAGAAGAAAGGAUGACAAAGGUCCUCAAACGGUAAAAUUUACUCCUCUAGUUAUACCUGUUGACAAAAUUUUAACACAGAUUAAGGACGAGGACUAUCUCAAAUGGCUGAGACCAUUACACUCAUCCCCUAACGUCCAUGAUAAGAACAAGUACUGCCGAUUCCACAAAAAUCACGGCCAUAACACAGAAGAUUGUAGGGACCUGAAGGAGAAAAUAAAGGAGUUGAUACGGAAAGGGAAAUUACAGAAAUAUGUGAAGAAGGGGGAAUAUAGCAAGUUCAGGGACAACAAUAAGAGCCAGUAUGAGUCCUCUUACGGGAGUGAUGACUGUCCAUCCCAACCUUCACAGAAUGUGAUCGGGGAGAUAAAGACGAUUACAGGAGGGCCUUUCUCAGGAGGAUCAUUUAAAUCCCUCAAGAAAGUGUACCAGAGGCAGGUGAAUAGCGUUCACACGAUACCUUCAUUUAAGCAGCAACGAACCGACCGGGACAUGUCCUUCGGUGAAGCGGAUGCUAAAGGAGUGAAGCAGCCCCACAAUGACCCUUUGGUUAUAAUAUUAAAUAUAGAGGGAUUCAAUACCAAAAGGAUCCUCGUGGACAACGGUAGCUCCGCCGACGUCAUCUACCUUCCUGCUUUCCAGCAACUGAAACUAGAUCCAAAGAGAUUGUGCUAA